CUUCGCUCGCUCGCUCUCUCGGUUCGGCCGGCGGCGGGAUGCCUCUGCACAAGAUCCCUCCGCGCCUGUGGGACGCGCUGAAGCUGCAGCAGGGCAUCUACGCGCGCCUGCCGGCCCACUACCUCCGCGCGCUGCAGGAGGAGGCCGCGGCGCCGCCCGUCGCCGUCCACUGGAGGCCCCGCGGCGUCCAGCACGCGCGCAACCGCAAGACCGGCGAGCGGGAGCGCGUGCAGGACGUGCCCGUGCCCGUCUACUUCCCUCCCGAGAGCCAGCAGGGCCUGUGGGGCGGCGAGGGCCUGGUGUCCGGCUGGCGCUACGCCCGGGGAGACAAGCUUGCUGCCAGGGUGAAGAAGAUCUGGAAGCCGCAGCUCUUCUAUCGAGGUCUCUACAGUGAGAUCCUGGAUAAGAAGCUGACGAUUACAGUCACCAUGCGGACGAUGGACCAGAUUGACGCCGCCUACGGCUUUGAUUAUUACAUCUUAAAGACCCCAAAAGCUGAGCUGUGUUCUAAACUGGGCAUGGAUCUGAAACGCACAAUGCUUUUACGGCUUGCCCGCCGGGACCCUUCCCUCCAUCCAGAUGACCCAGCAAAGAGGGAGGCUAUUUACGACAAAUACAAGGAGUUUGUGAUCCCAGAGGAAGAGGCAGAAUGGGUUGGGCUGAGUUUGGAAGAAGCUGUGGAAAAGCAGCGACUCCUGGAGAAGAAGGACCCUGUUCCCUUGUUCAAAAUCUAUGCAGAAGAACUGGUGCAGCAGCUCGAAGCACAGAAACUUUCUGAAUCGGCUGAAGUGCCGAAGGUCUAACAGGAGAAUCAAGCACUGUGAACUUCUCUUUGGGCUUAUGUUAAACAGACCAAGGGAUGGAACUUUCCCCCUGAGAGAGCUGGAUCCAGAAUGGUGAAGUAUGUGCUCGCUGUCUGAUACUUGUCACGUAAAGGCUGCUCUGCCCCUGGACUUGGGAGGGACUAGCUGCCUUGAGCUACCUCCUCAUGUUCCAUUCAGGAUGCUUUUGCCAUAAAGAAAAGGAGGAGGCUUUCAA